GUUGUCUCCUGCUACAGGCUAGUCUCUCUGCUCCCCCCUUCCUCUUGUCUCCAGCUGGAGGUUAUAGCUGUAACUAAAUGCAGUGCUUCAGUCAGACAUCCUGGCUCUAUUCUCCUUCCUGGCCUACCAGUAGGGGCUGGGGAUGCUGGGUGGGAAGGGACUAGAGAGAGAGAGGCUCUGCCGACCUCAGUUCUGCAGGCCUCCCUGCCUGGGCAUGGGUGCCAUAAACUGGCGGUCUCAUUGCCUGUGUGGGUGUUUACGUGUGUGGGGCUCAGCCAGCUACCGUGUGCUAAGGACCUGCCUCCUUCACAGGCGAUCACAGUGACAGGGGCUCGGAGAGAGAAAGGAGGUACCCCAAACCCAGACGGGUACAUCCACAUCCCCCUUACAGCGUUUUUCACGUGUGGUGUCUGUCCCUCGCUGUGAUACUGUAGCUGGCUGUUCUUGUGAGCCGCCAUUCGCCUGCAUGAGUGCUGGUGGUGUUCCUUUCCCUCUCUGUCCUAUUCCUGGUGUCAUCAUGGCCUGUUUUGUUUGGAUACCCUGACAACCAGAAACUCUAAAGCAGCUCGGCACUUCCCACCCUGCCUCUCUACCCCCAGUGACGUCAUGUUGAAGAAAGAGAAGGAUGUGGAGCUGGAUAAGAAGAUUGAGGCGCUCCGCAGGAAGAAUGAAGCACUCAUGAAGAGGUACCAGGAGGUAGAGGAAGACAAGAAGAGAGCGGAGAAGGAAGGAAUGGUACUGCAAAGCCCUAAGGGUAAAGCAGGGGACUUAACCAUCACCAUCAACAAGUCUACCAGCGAUCCCCGUGUUGUGAUGACCAAACCAGGCACGGGUGGUUCUCCCACCCUAAAGUGGGUCCAGGAGCUUGGGGAGAGGGAGGCGGAGGGGAACCUGCUGUGCUCUGGGCGGGGCAGGAGGAAGCAGCUACUGGUCACCAUGGCUGGCAACACAAAGGGUAAGAGGGUGGUGAGUGAGAGGCUGGAGAGAAGGCCAGGUCCAGGUUCCCUCAGUCCACUGGAUGUGAAGAGCCCUACAGAGGACAACCAUCACCGUGUGGAAUCAGCAGCAAGAGGGAAACACCAGCACACUCACACAGCAAAGAGGGACACAGGACCACAGGUCCAUGAAGUGGGGCAGGGGACGUGUUUGACAGAGGAGCGUCACUGGCUGUCAGAGUGUGAGCCUUACCACCAGGAGUCUGAGAGGCUACACCCAGCGGGCGACACAGACCUCACCAUCCCCACGUCUAAAGAGGAGCAGCAGGAGUACUUGUGCUGGAAGAAGGAGCGUGAGCAGAUCGACCGUGAACGCUUGGCACGCCACAAAAAUGCCAAGGGCCAGUGGAGGCGGGCAUGGGACAUGGACAAAACAGAGAAUAUGUUUUCAGAUACAUCUCCUAGGGAGAGAGAAAGGGGGCCUACAGUCAGAGGAGGAAGAAAUGCAAAGAGGGGUCACCCCAAAUCAAAUGCUGAUUCACGGGGUCAGCAGCUGCGGGGCAAAGACAAGCGGGGUAAAAAUGUUCCAGUGGUCAGCAGUAAAGCCAAGGGCAAGGACCGGCUGACUGGGAGGGCUAGAAGAUGGGAUGCCAGCGAGGAUGGGGAGGAUUUGCAGGCCUCUAAGACUAGUUUGGAGGAAUUCUUAGAAGAGCUUGAUGCUUUGGCUGACCCUGACAUAGAUGACUCCACUGCAGAAACUCCAGAGGUCAAAGAUGGUGACCUCAAAAUGGAGUCUUCGCUAACCCUGGAUGUGGUGAAGCCCGAGAAAGUGAGUGGAAGCGUCAGUCCUGGCCUGGACAAGGCCGAGACAGCUCAGGCCCCGGACGACCCCCCGGACGACGGGACAUCCAGACAGGGGAAGGCUGAGGCCUCGUCCCCUCAAGCUACAGAGAAGAAGGUCCGCUUCUCAGAGGAGCUCAUUAAGGGGCCCGGGGCCUACGAGAAGCCCAGUACUGGGGCCCAGAACAGUGCCCGCUCAGAAACCAAGGGCUCCAGCGUGUUAAAAGUUGCCUCCCCCAUCAAAAACGGACAGAACUUGGAGGAGCAGAAGCAGUCCCCCGAAGGCGACCAGGAGGAUGCUGGUAAUGCCCUGGACUGGGGGGAUCAGCAGGCUGCAGCUGUCCAGGCGCAGAGCUCAUCUGAUGGGCAGAGACAGGGUCAGGAGGGCCCUCCAUUUCUUGAUGCCUCCAAAACAGAAUGUGCUGAAAGCUGCCAGGAUGGUGUGCUCAGCCCCGUUCUUCCCAUUUUACACAGCAAUGUCAAAGACCCUGCCCCUCCACAGGAUAAUUCUGUCCAGCCUUUAGAGCAUGCCAAGAGCAAUACAGAGGCGCUGAUUGACUCCAGUCUGUCUGUUCUCAGCCUGGAGUCAGGAGAGACUCACCCAACCCACACCACCAGUACCGAUAAGGAUGCUAGCUGCUCAAGGUGGGAAAAGGAAACGAUACAUGUUCAAGUGAAGUCAUUUUGAGCCUUUUGUCUGCUUGAAAAUACUUUGCUUACAAGCACUUUAUUCUUUAUGAGGUAUGAGAAUUGACAUGUCAUACAUUACUUAAAGUUGGAAUCCUUAAUGGUGAAACAGCUACGUCCUUUUGCGAUAUACAACAACAAAGAAGUUACUGCAAACAACGAACACUGUUUUUUUCCCCUCGGACAUCAUUACACGCGUGAUAGAAGAGCACAAUAUGUAUUGCAUUUUUUUUUACCAUGCUGCACGGCGCUCCUCAGCUCAGCAACAAUAACAACGGUGGUGGUGGGGCGGCCAGUGGCGCCGUUUCCCCUUAAGUCUGUUAUUUGAAUGGCUGUUUUUGUUUACAUUUGAAGUAUUAUUUCAAGGUACCAGUCCUAAUGCUUGUAUUAGUUCAGUUCCUAUGGAUGACUAACCUACAUAACCUAAACAGGCCCCGCCAUUAACCUUUGCCAGCCUUAGCAGUUGAAUGACAAAAUAUAAUUAGCAUUAUAUGCUAAUAGUUGUACACUGACUUUAUUUACAGUACUAGUCAAAAGUUUGGACACACCUACUCAUUCCAGGGUUUUUCUUUAGUUUUGACUAUUUUCUACAUUGUACAAUAAUAGU